AUGUUGUCCUCCCACCAGGUGGUGGUGGUAGCAGAACAAGCAGACAGUCUGGAGAAUAGCAGCAGCAACACCUAUCAGAGAGCCCAGGACCUGCUCUCACACAUGGAGAACAUAGUAGGAGAUGUGGAAGACCUAAUGCUGCAGGAGAACCGUAUGGGUCUGAAUGAGACGCAGGUGGAGCAGGAAGAGGACAACUUGCUUGAGAAGAUGAAGCAGGUGGAGGCCAUGCUGAGAGAGAUGAGAUUCAAGAGCUGUGUCGGACAGAAGGAGAUAGCAGACAGAGAGAUGUCCGAGGCUAAGAAAUUGCUGGCGAAGGUGAAAGAUCAGCUGGUGAGUCGCGUGGUGGACAACGAGGGCUUGGUGAUGAACAUCAGGGAACGUCUGGAGAAGUUCCAUGACCAACUGAUGGACCUGAGGGACACUCUGAACCAGGCAGUUAACAACACGGCCGUCGCCUCCGAUACGAACGCUGUUAAUGAGAAGAGGCUGGAGGAAUGUCAGCAAAAGGUGGAUGAACUGAACGGGAAGCACAAAGUAGUGGAGGAUCUCCUGCAGAUGGCGGAGGACGAUGUGGCAACCGUCAACGACAUGUUGUCUAUGCUGCACGACUCCAAGGAGGAGUAUGAGCGAUUGGCCGCCCAGUUGGAUGGUGCUAGGAUGCCCCUGGCUGAAAAGGUGCAGACAUUUGCCCCCACCCUCAGUAAGAUACCCCUGGUGGAGGCAGCAGAGGAACAUGCUGAACUACUCAAUGAGCUGGCCAGGAACCUCUCCAGUGUGAUCUCUAACACCAACAAGGACAGUUUCAUCCAGCGAGCGGUGAACGCGUCCCGAGCGUACACCGACAUCAUCGCCGGAGUCAGAGACGCUGAGAUUGCUGCCAACCAAGCUGCUGUGGACGCUCCGGAGAAUGUGAAGGGUCAGGACCUGGGCCAGGAAGCUGACGGUCUGAGGAAUCACAGUUCUGAACUGCUACAGGAAGCUGUCACGCUGCAACAGGAGCUGAAUAAUGAUCUGAAGCCUCGUCUCCUGGAUGCCAUGACUCGUCUGGAUGAGGCCAAGCAGAAACACAAGACUCUACUGAAAGACCUUGAGAUGGUGCAGAGUAACCUCAACUUCAGCAGAGAGGAAACGGCUAAGGUUAUAGAGGAGGCGAAGGCUGCAGCGGAGGAGGCCAACAGUACAGCAGCGAAGGUAGAGGAUACCCUGGCCCCUAUCAAAGAGCAGGUGGACCAAUGGCAGGAGCAGUACGGCGACGCCAACACCACCAAUGAGGACAUAAACAAGGCCUUCCUGGAGGCUAACAAGUCUGUGGGUAUGUUGGGCGAGGCCAUCCCAAUACUGAUGAAGAAGCUGGACAAGCUGCAGAACCACUCAGCCCAGAUGCCCAACAUCUCAGAGAACAUCCUCAGGAUCAGACAGCUCAUCGCAGAGGCUCGCAAAGCCGCCAGCAAAGUGAGCGUACCUGUCAAGUUCAACGGGACAUCAGGUGUGCAGGUGCGUACCCCCAGUAACCUAGCAGACCUGGCAGCUUACACCUCCCUGAAGUUCUACAUCACCCUGCCCGAGGCCUCACGCGCCCGCAGACAGGACCAACCAGACAAACAGUUUGUCUUUUACCUCGGAAACAGGGACUCCAGUAAGGAGUUCCUGGGCAUGAUGCUGGAGGGGCGGAGACUGCACUGGCUGUUCAACGUGGGCGGAGACACGGCUGAGGUGGAGAUGCAGGAGGAUGUCCAAACAGAUGGCGACUUCAACAACGUGGUCCUGGAAAGGAUCCUUCAGUACGGCCAGAUGGCCAUGUCUUCAGAGCUCAGUGAGGCCAGGAUGACCAAGGCUCUGGUGGAGGCAGGAGGGGAUAGUGGACUGCUCAACCUCCAGACUGAAGAGACUGUGUUCUACGUGGGAGGAUACCCUGACACGUUCACGCCCCCUCUCCAGCUCCAGCUGCCCAAUCUCAAGGGCUGUAUUGAGCUGGAGACCCUGAAUGAGGAGGUGCUCAGUCUCUAUAACUUUGAGAACAUCUUCCAACUCAACACCACCGAGGAGAAACCAUGUGGAAGAGCGAAGCCAGUGUUGACCCAGCAGUGGGUGAAUGACGCGGCCUACUUUGACGGGACGGGUUAUGCUGAGGUCACCUUCAAGGAGGAUGCGGGGAAGAUGCAGCGCUUUGAACAGGAAGUUAAACUCAUAAGUCACAACGGCAUCCUGCUCAUGCUCCUCAGCCAGGAGAAGUUCCUGAGCUUGGCGGUGCGUCAGGGACGUCUCAGGGUCUUCUAUGACGUCACUGGUUCUCUACAGGAGCUGGAGCCUAAAGACCCAGACUCCCCUUACCUCAAGAUUAGCGACGCUGACCCCAAAUCUUUGGAGAUCAUUAUCCUCCUGUACGAUACGACCACACGUGUUGUGGUGAGGAACAACCGCCAAAACCUGUUCAACUACGUCUUCACUACGCCCCUGCCGCGCUUCGAAGGCAGCUACUACCUGGCCGGAGUCCCAGAGGACAAGAUGCCUGAGAACCUGAAGGCCCUGUUUCCUCGUCAGGGAUCUCUUAAAGGCUGCUUCAGGAACAUCAAGGCCAUGAACUCUCACAUCGACCUGAAGAGAAUGAGCAGCUCUGGGGUCAGCUACGGCUGUGCCAACGACUUACUGGUGGCUCGCGAGGCUCACUUCUCAGGCCAGAGUUACCUGGACUUGUCUCCAGACAGCAUCCCUGGUCUCAGGAACAACUUCUACGCCGGCUUCGGCUUCCGCACAGACCAGAAGAACGGACUCAUGUUCUACCACCAGGCCCAGGACGGUGUGUGUCAGGUGUUCCUGGAUAAGGGUCAUGUGGUAGUGAGGGCGGCUGACAGCGAGGUGAAGACUCAGAAGACCUACAACGAUGACAACGAUCAUUAUUUAACUCUGUACAGCAACAACAACGGGUUACGUCUGUAUGUGGAUGACGUCCUGGAGAAGGCUGGGGAUACUGGUGGUGGAGGGGCCAGCAGCCACGCGGUACUACUACCUGGAGGGGUCUACCUGGGAGGAACACCUGACAACAGCCUCAACAACCUCACCGGCUGUCUUAGCAACCUGUUCAUCAAAAGAGACAAGCCUUCUCAGAUGGUGAUGAACCUGAUCAAUGCGAAGGAGAACGUCGACGUUCCUCUAGACUGUCCCGCUGCCAAGAAACCUCAGCAGAUCCUGGCCACACUCCCACGCCAGAAGAGGCCUAAGGGUAAACACAGGAAGCCGGCGGGUGGUGGUGGGUCAGGGGGGCGGAGCCGCAGUGCCAGGGAAUCCUGCCAGGGGGAGCUGGCCAAUCAGGAAGUCGGAGCUCUGCACUUCAGUGGCUCCUCCCACAGCCACCAGCGCUACGACACGUUGCCCGAGGCCUUCAGCAGGACGCCUCACAUCUCCAUGGGUCUGCGUGUGAACUCGUCAGACGGCCUGGUGUUCUAUGUGUCAGGAUCACUAGGACGUUCUAGUAGCGGCUCUGUGAUGACCCUCUCUGUCUCAGACGGUCACCUGCUGCUCCUCAUCAACGGAGGAAAGAGGAAGACCACCAUCCGCAGCCACAGGAAGUACGACGACGGACAGUGGCACACGGUGUUUGUGAAGAGGGAGGGAGAGAAGGUCGGUUUGAUCGUUGAUGGGAUCAAUGCCCAGUCUAAGAGGGUCUCAGGGGGGGAGAAGAACCAGCUCAGUCCCCCGCUCUACAUCGGAGGAGUUCCCUCAGCACUCACCAGCUCACUUCUCUCGGUGCCAGGUCCAGGAGGGUUUGUGGGCUGUGUGAGGGACCUGGAGCUGAAUGAGGAGAGCCCAGCCAGUCCCUCCACCAGCCUGGGGGUUGUACCCUGCUUCCAGGCCACUCUGCAGCCCGGGGCAUACUUCUCUUCCCAGGGAGGACACAUGGCUAUAGAUGAGUCCCUGAUGUUGGGCCGGAACCUGGAGGUCCAGCUGGAGGUCAGGCCGGUGUCAGACUCUGGUCUCCUGUUGCAUGCUGGUUCCAGGGCAGGACGACAGCUCAGCCUCUACCUCUAUCAGGGAGCCGUAACUGUCACAGUAAACAGUGGCAACGGAGAGUUCUACACCUCCUUCACACCAGAGGAAUCCUUGUGUGACGGACGCUGGCACAGUAUCACAAUUGUGAAGAAGAGCAACGUGCUCCAGCUCCAUGUGGAUGCAGCCAGUGAACACAGUGUGGGGCCCAAACAAGGCCGACCAUCAGGGGCCAAGGAGGCUGUGUACCUGGGGGGAGCACCAGAUGGUGUUGAUGUGCCGGGCCUCCCCGAUGCCCUGCCCUCCUUCCAUGGUUGUGUACGGAGAGCAGUCCUGAACCAGCGACCAGCCGUGCUUUCUAAACCCCUGUCAGUACACGGAGCUGUGGGCACACAGGGCUGUCCAGCCACGUAGGCCCCUUUUAGCCCUGUUACAGCCAGCUAGCUCUGGGUCAUGUUCAUAAGGACAACAUUACAGAAAGUUCAGAUAUAAAUACCUAUGUAGAACCAAUAUGAUUGUCUGUCAUGUAGUCGUGGCCAAAAGUUUUGAGAAUGACCCAAAUAUUAAUUUUCACCAAGUCUGCUGCCUCAGUUUUGUAUGAUGGCAAUUUGCAUAUACU